AUGCACCCCCUUGUCCACGAAUGGUCUCGAGACAGAUUGUCUCACGAACAGAGAUAUGAAGUCUGGAGAAACACAAUUCAUUUGAUGGCGGGUGCAGCACACCAUAUGGAAAAUCACUUUCGAGUUACAUCUAUGAAACCUCUCCUCACGCAUGUAGAAGAGGGUCUCUCACAAGGCAGAUAUCAACUCUUCUCUAACGGCCCCGAACUUUCGCAGAGAGUCGGCGCAGCUUUGAUAUUCUGCCGACUCUUUCGCUAUUUUAACCGAGCUAGCUCAAUAGAGUUUUCUCAGGGCGCUCUAAAAUGCAUUCAAACCAAGCUUCCUGGAGAUUGUAAUUAUUUUCCGGCGAUACUUGAAAUUGGUGCCGGCUUGCAAUCAAAUGGUCGAUACAAAGAAGCCAUAUCGCUAAACCUACAAGCCACAAAAGAAGCCGAGGAGGCUGUUGAAAGACCAGUUUCUGAUAAUCAAGACGCUGUCCGGAACCAGAAAUCAGCAGCUUCAAACACGGCCAUGCUUAUGGUAAAUCUUGCUCGAGCUUAUACCCAUGACCAGCAGAAUCAAAGGUCGAUUAAGAUAUGUGAAAAGCUUACGGAAGUGUACACGCCAAUGUUAGGCGAGAACAGCUUUGAAGUGCGAUCUACGUUACCCAUAUUAGCCCACGCCUACAGGGACCUAGGGGAUCUGAAAAGGGCGCGGAAAUACUUAGAAAAAAGUAUCGAGGAUGAACGUAAAUUAUUUGGGGAAGACUAUCAGAGUCCCGAGGUGCGACAGCUGGCAGAAGUCUACAUCGAUUUGAAGAUGUUCAAGAAAGCCCGAGCUUUGCAAUCGCAAGUCGUAUCUUGGGCGCAAGAGCGCUACGAGGAAGAUGACAUCGAUCUUGUUCUGGAAGAAUCGAUCCUGCAAUUAUAUCAACCUACCGGACGUUCGGUUCUUAGCGGGCAUCGCAAACUCAGAGAACGAAUUGAGGGGUACAAGAAAAGUCUCAAGGGAAUUUUGGAAAAGGGUGGGACUUGA